UCUGUGCGGUGUUAGUACUCUGUAGCCUGUGAUUUAUGGUUCGUAGCUUGCUUCGCUAGUCGGCAUUUAUUUCUAAUUUUCUUUGCGGUUCGAGAUUUUGCUUAAUAAUAUAAAGAUAAGAAAAUCGACACCGAGUUAAAAUGAAACCUCGCGGCGGUGAUGAUUUCGAAGAGCCAGAGCAUACAAGGAAACUUUUUAUUGGAGGUUUAGAUUAUCGGACAACUGAUACUUCAUUAAAGGAAUUCUACGAACAAUGGGGUGAAAUUGUUGAUGUUGUUGUCAUGAAAGAUCCCCAAACAAAGAGGUCAAGGGGUUUUGGUUUUAUCACAUAUUCGCAAGCUCACAUGGUAGAUGAUGCUCAGAAAAACAGACCCCAUAAAAUUGAUGGCAGAGUUGUUGAACCCAAACGUGCAGUUCCCAGAGAAGAAAUUGCUAGGCCUGAUGCUAGUGCUACAGUAAAAAAACUUUUUGUAGGAGGUCUAAGGCAAGAUAUAGAGGAAGAAGAUUUGAAGGAGUACUUCAGCUCAUAUGGAGAAGUUCAAUCUGUUAUUCUUGUGACAGAGAAAGAAACUGGAAAGAAACGAGGAUUUGGUUUUGUGGAGUUUGAUGAUUAUGACCCAGUUGAUAGAGUAUGCUUGCAACAGAACCACAAGGUUAAGGGGCACAGAUUAGAUGUGAAGAAAGCUCUAUCGAAGUCUGAGAUAGGGGGCGGCGGCGGCGGAGGCGGUGGAGGUGGGGGUGGGGGAAGUAGGCGAGGCGGUCGUGGCGGUGGCUGGGGUGGAAGGCAGGGAGGACAGGACUGGAACUCUGGUGAGGACGUUGAUUAUGGUUAUAACCAAGGCGGUUGGAAUAACCAGAAUCCUUGGGAUAACUCAGGCGGUGGCUGGAGCCAGGGUUACGAAAACCAGGGUUGGGGCCAAGGUCCCGAUAACUUUGGAAGUAGUUAUCAACAGAACUUUGGAGGUGGACCGAUGAGGCCCAACUUCAAUGCCCAGAGGCAACAGCCAUAUGGCGGUGGUGGUUACAGCUCAGGUGGCGGCGGCGGUGGUGGUAACUUCAGUAAUGCCUCAAGUGGUGGUAAUCAACGGCGGUUCUAAUCCAAUCUCUUGUACCAAGUUGCGCUUAGAUGAGACUAGGCAGGAGGUUAGAGUAGGACAGCACUAGUGAGGGCCGAGAGGAAACCACUACAUAGGUUAGGUUAUACAAUUACCCUAUAAAGGUAAUGUGAGGAAUCCUAUUUCUGAUCACAGUUUUUACAUUAUAUUCACAGAACACUGUCCAAUUAUUAUUAAGUUUGACAUGAAGUCGUUAUUUUCUUUGUGAAAACUGUGCAUAUGUUCCUAGGUAGUAAGAAAAUGAUAUUUAUACACUUUUACAUAGAUACUCUGACAUUCCAGAUUGGUUCAACUUAUAUUUUGAUCUUAGCUUAUGUACAUCAAAUAAAUUUGUAAUUGUUACGCGGUCAUGUCAAAUUUUAUUUUUCGUUAAGGCUAUGUAUAUUUCUAAUUGUUUGGUGUUGUGUGCAAUAUUUAAAAUAACACUAUGUUCCAUGGACUCUUCUACGCCUGAGCCAUCGUUCGUGGAAAAGGCCAUGGUAAGUUUUGAUGGAAAUAAACUUAUGAAAUAAA